AUGUCGACUGACUGUUCACCGUCACCAGUCUCAUCAUCAUCAUCACCAUCGCCACGCAUCGCUGUCCUACCAGCAACCGAAGAUGGCGACGAAUACUCUAAUAGUGAACUUCAGUUCAUCCUCGAUACUGUCAUCCGCGCAGAGGCCGUCCUGCCAACUCUGCCCACCACCUCACGACUACCAACCAAUGCCCUCUUUCGCGCCUUCAACCAGAUCUGUGAUGAGCGAGAUGUUGACCCCGUCAACGGGCUCAAGCUCGAUAAGCUCCUGUUCAAGAUUGGUGGCUCGCGCCAUGGCAAGACCAUCAUCGAAAAGUUCCAGGCCGUCAUGGCCAGGAUGAACAUUACUGUGCGAUUAGAUGGCGAUGAAGAUGACGCUUCGGAUGACAGCUUCUCCCAUCGUUCCCACCCUUCUGAAAACGCGGACGACACAUUGGACCUUCUCAUCAAUCCAGUCUCGCCCGUCUUCUCUCAAAGAGAGCCCUCUCCGCCCGGGUAUCCCAGGUCGCCCUCGCCACCGUCUCGUCGUGCCGAGUCGCAACCUCACCACAACCGCCCCGCGCCUUUACCACACCACCACAUCGAGUCGCGACCUCCAUCAUAUCACGAAAGUGAGUCGCUACCUUCAUCAGAUUACGGCCAUGGGUCGCAACCUCUCCCCUCUCGCCAGAUCGAGCCGCGACCUGCCCCUUUUCACCGCGCCGAGUCGCGACUGUCACAGCCAUCAUAUCCUAGCCAGGAUGCUGCGAAAGACGCCGCCCUUCAGAAGGUUGCCGCCGCGUACCAGAAGCAUCGUGAUAAGAUAAGCUCUAUGGAUGCUCUGCACAAGUGGCAGGAAAAGUCGAGUGCUUUGAAGAACAGGACACAGUUGUUCGAAGAUGCGCAAAAACAGGAUUUCAAAGAUGCAGCUUGUAAUGUUAUCGUUGCUUGGAACGAGAUCGCCAACGAAGUCGAUGAGAUGCCCUUGGCUGAACUGCCCUCCAAUGUCUACUCGAAGCGAAUUGAGAAAAUUGCCAUUCGCACUGACGAAAUCAAGACGACCAAGAAGGCGAUUGAUUCCUGGAAUUAUCGGGCCAUGUCACAGGAAGAGGAGGACGACCUCUUCAAGGAAGAUCCAAGGCUCGCACGGGUAGCGCAGUCCACACAUGAGAUCAUUUCCAAGUCGCGAGUUAUCACUCAUUGGGCCAACCGAGCUGAAGAGGAAAACGAAAAGGCCAGACUCGCUAAAGCUGCGCACGAGAUGACGCUCAAGAGGAAGGUGUUUGGUCUUGGUCGCCCAAACUGGGCAAACUUGAAAGCCGCACUUGAAAGACGACAGGAUGCCGCCCAGCAACAGCUACCUCCUACUGCGCAACCUCAGUCAAUCGGGGAGCAGCAACCUCAAGAAGCCACGGGACAACCAGCGCCUACCAUUGAGCAGUCACGGGAACCCGUCGAACGGGCACAGUAUACCGCUACGCGACCACUUGAACCCGCUAGAUCACCAUCGCCGGUCACUAGACAGCCGCAACAAUCUCCUGAAAAUCGAGGGGUUGUUGCUAAAGAAUCUGUCCCUGCCACUGGGCAGCCAGCACCAACCACGCAACGAGCGCAAGCGCCCACUGAACAAUCUACUGGUCGCGCGCUGGAGACCAACCAGCGACCACCUGAAGUUAGUGAACAAUCACGGAACCCCACCAAGCCAUUACAACCAGUCCAUAAGACAAGGAAAGAGAAAUUGCUGGAUGCACUUGACGAUGAACCCGAUGAACGGACUUUGCUAGCAAGACGCCACCUAAUGCGGAUGAAGUUCUUUUCUGCGUGGGAAGCGCACACCCAGGAGUACGCGUCAAAAGUCAAGGCUGCUGUGACGUCGAAAGCACUUGACCCCUGGCGGCAGCGUGCGUCAGAUAUUGACAGGGCACACAAGCAUGACGAUAUCACUACAAAAAAUAAGCGACGCCUUUCUCAAUGGCAACAAUCCGAUCGACCCAAAAAGCUGGAGGAGAAGGCGACGCAGUUUCACGCGCAAACGCGUGUUGGCAGUGCGCUGGAAGGCUGGAAGGCUGCUGUACAGGAGGCCAAAGGUCAAGAGCAGCAGCGGCAACACAUGGCUGAGCGAGGGGACGAGUAUCGCAGGAAGCAUGGCACAUUACAGACGUGGAAGGCUCGGGCUAGGGAGACCGCUGUUCAGACCUCUAUGAAGGUAGAAGCGCUAGAGACAUGGCGAGACGAAUGCGGAGAAGACCAAGCCCGCAACGAGGAACUCGAUCACAUGGCCCACCGUGUCAGCCUGUAUCGCAUCAAGACUAAAACGAUGCCAUCAUGGCGAGAAGCAACCGCGAAGGCUGUUGCGAAGCAGGAGCAACUACAGACCUUCGCCCAACGAGCCGAGUUCUACACAUGCACCACCUCGGUCCUCUCUGGCUGGCGGGCAGCAGCUGAAGAGAGGAGGAAGGCCAAAUUGAAGCAGGCCUACUUAGAGAAUCGCCGCAGGGUGAAGAAAAAUAUGGGCGCCCGCGCUAUCGACCAGUGGCAUGCCACUUCAGAGAUACGCUACGAGCAGAUGGAGAUAGCUAUAGAGGAGUUUACGGCAGACCGUGACUGGGCUGCCACAGCAAAGGCCUGGGUGGGUUGGCGGCGGCGUGCUAAAGAGCAUGCUAAUGCAGAGGCCGCGCGGCAAGCUGAAGCAGAACAGAAACGGCUUGACGAGUGGAGGGUACAAGCAGAAGGUCGCCGGCAGUCACAGGCCGAAACGGAGGAGCUAUUCGAAGAUAUAGCGUUGUCGGGAAGAAUCAAACAAUGGAAGAUCGGGUCGUUGCAGCUGGAAACUCGAAGAGACGCUGCUCAGAAACACCUGAAUAGGGAGAGGAAGUUGAUGAGGCAAGGCCUAGAGACAUGGAUGGCGAAAGCGCAAAAGAAGCGGGCAGUCGGACCGCCAGAGACCCCAGGAAGACCACGUCUGUUGUUCGGGACGGGGGCAUCUACGACGCCACUCGCGCCGCCUCCGUCGCGCGCCUUUGGGCGCUCUAAGCGCAACUUGAGAGUGUCAUGGGCGCAAUAG